UAUCCAAAAUUGAAUAACGUUAAUCAUAUUAUUUUAUUGUAACAUGGCAAGAGCAAAUGUAUCUGUAAGUGAUGAUCAAAAUUUCAGAAGUCGCUGUGAGCAAGAACAAAAAGCAUUUGAUGAUUGGCCUAAUAAAUGGGAGUGGAUAUUAGAUGAAUAUAAAGAAAGAAAUGAAAAAUUAAAUGCCGUAAAGAAAAAUGCAAUGAUGAGAAAGGGCAAUUUAAACAUGGAUCCUAGAAGUGUGCUACCUUUUCCUAACACAACAUCAAGAGAAAUUGGUUGGUUAUCAAGUAAACAAGAAUUUCAAUUAGAAAUAUUUGGGCCAUACAUUACACAUUUGCCAAUUGAAAUAAAAUCAAAUUACAAGAAUGAUUUUUAGGUAUAUAUAUUAAAACAUAUACUAUAAUGUAUGU